AUGUUUGCUCAUUUGCAUGCCAACAGUUUGAUGAAAUGUUUGGUUCAUUUGAUACGGAAGGAGUUAUGCAAGAGCCUAAACCCGGAUGAGGCUGUCGCAUAUGGUGCAGCAGUUAUGGCUGCAAAGUUAAACCCUAACAGUGAUAAAAUUAGGUUUGGAGAUUUGGUGUUAUUGGAUGUCACUCCUUUGUCCCUUGGUAUACAAUUAAUGGGAGAAAUAUUUGACGUGGUGAUCCCACGUAACACUACAAUACCUAGGAAGAAAUCUAGAAUUUAUCGAACAGCCUUUGAAAACCAAACUUCCAUUGGUAUCAGGGUCUAUCAAGGUGAAAGAGCCAGAUCUACAGAUAACCAUUUGUUGGGGAUGUUCACAGUUUCUGGAAUACCACCGGUUCGAAAAAGACAUGUACAAGUCAAGGUGUGCUAUGAAAUUGAUGCCAACGGUAUCCUCACAGUCACAACCAAGAUAUUAGCAACUCGUCAGAAGAAUAAACUCACGAUUACCAAUCAAAAAGGUAGACUCUAA